AUGUCCAGCUCUUUUCCGCAAGAUACCCAGGACAAUCUCCUCGACUCUAUCACGCACACCUUAAGCGAUAGACAUUUCCUCGACACGAAAACCGAGUGCUCAAUAUGCUACGAGAAUGAUGUUCUGCCGACAGUCCAGAUUAUCGUCUGCGGCCAUACAUUUCACAAGGCGUGUAUCGCCAAAUGGGUCAACCACCUUCAAUCCGAGGAUCGAAGCAGACUAUUCAGCGAGGGCUUCUUAGAACAUCUAGAACACGACUACGAACGUGACGACGAAGGCUUGGUUGACGACGAAGGCUUGGUUGACGACGAGGCCUGGACAUCAAGCGAUGAUGAAGCUCUGCAACAAGAGCGCAUUGAAUAUGAGGAGCAACAACUUCGGGAGGAUGAAGAGUUAGCGCAAGAACACACGGAAUACCAAGCACUACUUUAUGAGGAUAGAGAGGCAUCAGAAUUACAAAUACUUCUAGUACAGCAAAGGAUACGUGACCUGCAGCGUGCGCUUUGCUCUGCUGAGGAUAGACGAGAAGAGAGGUCAAUACUCCAGGAUCUAGAGGCUGCAAUGGCUGUGGAGGCAGAGCUACAAAAUAAUAGCGUAUAG